AUGGGAGAGAGCCAAGGGGACAGGCUGGUCCGACGCCUGAGGCCCAGGAGACUCGUGUCUGUGUUGAAGGCGAUGCCCUCCGUCCCGCUGAUAGUCAAGUUUCCCAAGAUCAGCGUGGAGAGUACUCUCGGGAUGAACUCAUUUCGAUGUAAACCUCUGUUGGACCUCAAGAUGGUGGCUGAAGGGAAAAUUGGCUCGCGAAGGGUUUUGAGUUUUAAACACUCCGAGCUUACAUAUCAUACCAUUACUUCAGUAAAGAUUCUGCGCAUCUGGUUGCAAAAUCGUUACAUAUUGACUUUAAAGAAAAUGGGAAUCCGUGACCUUUUCUUCUCCACCGCCGAUCUGACUGACUUCACACAAGUUCGAGGAUUAAUGGUGAAUGGAGCGAUCCACAAGGCCCUUAUAGAGGUGGACGAAGAAGGCGCAGAGGCGGCAGCGGCGACGGUGCUCAGUAUGACUAGUAGGUCUAGACCAAUGCCUCCAAAGACGACGUUCACGUGCAACCGGCCCUUCGUUUUCUACAUUAAAGAUAACGAGGCGAACAACAUCCUGUUCAUGGGUGUUUAUAGGGGUCUUGAGGGUCCUCUGCUGGACCUUGUUAUCAUUAUGAUAUAUCGUUGUAAACCAGAUUAA